AUGGUGUUCGUCGACAAACAGCAAGUCCUGAGUGCGGAGGAGAGGCGUCUGAAGGAGGACAAGGACAGGACCAAGUACUGGAAGAAGUGGGGUUCGUAUGUGGCAGAGCGACAAUGGGCCACGGUGCGGGAGGACUACUCUGAGAACGGCGAUGCAUGGAGUCACUUCACCUACGACAUGGCACGGAGUCGAGCCUUCCGAUGGGGCGAGGACGGCAUUGCUGGUGUCUCGGACACCCACGGCAAGAUGAACAUUGCUUUUGCCUUUUGGAACGAGAAGGAUGGACAUUUGAAAGAACGUCUGUUCGGCCUGUCGAAUCCACAGGGUGUGCACGGCGAGAGCAUCAAGGAGUGCCACUUUCACCUCGACAACACGCCCACCCACUCGUACAUGAAGUACCUCUACAAGCUGCCCCAGCAAGCCUUCCCGUACGAGGAGAUCCUCAAGGAGAACCAGAAGAGGUCACGGAAAGAGCGGGAGUACAACUUGAUCGACACCGGCAUCUUCAAGGACAACAAGUACUGGGACUGCUUCAUCGAGACGGCCAAGGAGAAGGACAACCCGGACGAGCUGCUGUUCCGGGUGACCUGUUACAACAGAGGUCCCGAGGCGGCGAAGCUCCACAUCCUGCCGCAUGUCUGGUUCCGCAAUACUUGGGCAUGGGGUCACGACGACUACAAGCCCGAGAUCCAGCAGCUGGACCCCCUGACGUCGAAGAUCGAGCAUCGUGACAUUGGCGAGCGUUACUUCCAAUGCUCACCCUCACCCAACACCAUGGGUCGUCAAGAGGACAUCGAGCCGGAGUUCCUCUUCACUGACAACGACACCAACUACAUGGACCUCUACAGCGCGAAAUCAAACAAGACGCCGUACGUCAAGGAUGCUUUCCACAAGCGCGUUGUCAAGGGUGACAAGAAGGCUGUCAACCCGCAGAAGACCGGCACGAAGAGUUGUGCCUGGUAUGCCUUCAACCAAGGCAAGGGCGUGGCACCAGGCGAGUGUGCGGUCGUUCGAUUCCGCAUCUCCACCAAGCGGAGCGAGGGCUACCUCGACGAGGAGGAGUUUGAUGAUGUGAUGGACCAGCGUUUGGCGGAAGCCGACGAGUUCUACUGGAAGAUCAACCCCAUGCCCAUGGCGGAUGAUCUCCGCAACAUCCAGCGUCAGGCAUUCUCCGGCAUGAUGUGGUGCAAACAAUACUACCACUUCAUCUGGGACCAGUGGGCGAACGGCGACCCCAGCAUGCCAGCUCCCCCGCCCGCACGCAAGUCGGUGCGGAACUCUCAGUGGAAGCACAUGCACCUGGACGAUAUCCUCUCGAUGCCUGACUCCUGGGAGUAUCCAUUCUUCGCGGCAUGGGACUCUGCCUUCCAUUGCAUACCCAUUGCCCUCAUCGAUCCUGAUUUCGCAAAAAAGCAGCUCGACCUCUUCACUCGCGAAUGGUACAUGCAUCCGAACGGCCAGCUACCAGCGUAUGAGUGGAACUUUGGCGACGUCAACCCGCCUGUGCACGCAUGGUCCACUUUCCGCACGUUCAAGAUUGAGCGCAAGAUGUACGGCCGCGAGGAUCUCGACUUCCUGGAGCGCGUCUUCCAGAAGCUGUUGAUGAACUUCACUUGGUGGUGCAACCGCAAGGACCACGAAGGCAAGAACGUCUUCGAGGGUGGCUUCUUGGGCCUCGACAACAUUGGCUUGUUCAACCGAUCUGAUCCAUUGCCGACUGGAGGCACCCUCGAGCAAGCUGACGCCACUGGCUGGAUGGGCUUCUACUGCCUGAGCAUGCUGAAUAUCGCGCUGGAGCUGGCCAAGCACCGCCGCAUCUACGAGGACAUUGCGUCCAAAUUCUUCGAGCAUUUCAUCCUCAUCUCCGACGCCAUGCAGUACCGCAAAGGCACUGAAGCGAAGUCUCUGUGGAACGAGCAGGACGGCUUCUACUACGACGCGAUCAGCUGGGGCGGGCCGUGGGCUCAUCAGAUGCCCGUCCGUUCUCUCGUCGGUCUCAUCCCGAUGUACGCCACUCUCACUCUCGAGCCGGAGGUCAUCAACCGCUUCCCCAAGUUCAAGAAGCACAUCGAUUGGGUCAUCAAGAACAAGUCGGACAUCAUCGAACGCAACGUCGCCAGCAUGAAGAACCGCGGCAAGGACGACAGACUGCUGCUGUCGUUCGUCAACAAGGAUCGCCUCCGAUCGAUCUUGAAGUACAUGCUCGAUGAGAAGGAGUUCUUCUCUCCCUGCGGUAUCCGUUCACUAUCGAAACACCACAAGGACAAUCCGGUAUCGAUGGACGUCAACGGCCAGAACUACUCCGUCAGCUACAUCCCAGGCGACUCCGACAGCGGCCUCUUCGGCGGCAACAGCAAUUGGCGUGGCCCUGUCUGGCUGGCUGUCAACUUCCUGCUGGUCGAGUCACUGCUGCGCUUCUACAUGUUCUACGGCAACACCUUCAAGGUCGAGUGUCCCACUGGCUCCGGCGACUACAUGCACCUCGGCCACGUCGCGGAAGAGAUCCAGCAUCGUCUCCAGCAUCUGAUGGCUAUGAACGACCAGGGCAAGCGCGCGAUGAACGACGGCAACAAGAUGCUGGACACCGACCCGCACUGGAAGGACUACAUGUUCUUCUACGAGUUCUUCGACGGCGACACUGGACGCGGUCUCGGCGCGAGCCAUCAGUGCGGCUGGACUGGUCUCAUGGCCAAGAUGAUCCAUGAUACUGGCGUCAACUGCCGCCUCCCCCAAACCCCCCGCACCCCGGCCUCCGCCGCGGCCCAUUACUUCGACGACGUCUUCUCCCGCCAACGCCGCAUGUCCCUCGGCGGGCGCCGCCCCACCUCCCUCGCGCGCAGCGCCACGCGCCGCCGCUCCAUCGGCAACCAGAGCGAUUUUAGCGGAACCAACGGCGACGCGGACGCGGACGCAGAUGGCGAGGAGGACGGGAUGCAGAGCCAUGGCCCACCCAGCCGGACGUGGACGAUUUAUAAAGAUGACGGUGAGGAGGGGGGCAGGGAGCACGAGGACCCGGAUGAUCCGAUUAACAAGUAUGUGCAAGAGCAGUUGUCGAGGAUUAAAAGCAAUGAGAGUCAGGAGUAUGCGGAGGAGCUUGCGGCGGGGAUGGAUGGGGCGAACGACGAGUUGUGA